CAAAACACGGAUUCCCCACUACCCAUCCCUGCUGCUAAUAACGCGUCCCCUUGCUAUAUAUAUAUUACGGUCGUCGCCUAUACAUACACACUGUCUAUAUAUAUACAAUAUAUAUAUCUCACUGUAAAUUCAUUCAAUUCUCUCUCACCCAAUUGCAAUUAAUCAACAAUGGAGAUUCUGGAGCAAGCGAAGAACUACGUCGCCGGAAAAGUUGCGAACAUGCCGAAGCCGGAGGCCGACAUCACCGACGUGGAUUUCAAGGGUUUCGGACUCGACGGAAUAACUCUCCUGGCGAAGAUCUCCAUCACCAAUCCAUACUCCGUCCCGAUCCCGAUCGGAGAGAUCGCCUACGCCGUCAAGAGCGCCGACAGAUGCAUCGUCUCCGGCACCAUCCCCGAUCCCGGAUCCAUCAAGGGGAACGGCGACACCAUGCUCGAGGUGACGGUGAAGGUGCCGCACGGCGCCAUGGUCAGCCUGAUCCGAGACGUCGGCGGCGAUUGGGACAUCGAUUACGUGCUGGAAUUAGGGCUGAUUAUCGAUCUGCCGGUGAUCGGAAAUUUCACGAUUCCGAUGUCGUACAAAGGUGAGAUGAAGCUACCUACCUUCGCCGACUUUUUCCGUGGAGGAAAAUCGACUCCCGAAGAAGAAGAAGCAGUAUGCAAAUGAAUUUUCCCCCCUUUUUUUAAUUUGUUGGGAAUCAAUAAAAUAUCUCUCUGGUUUUCGAUUUACAUGACUUUUUUUAAAGUUUUAUUUAUCUUAUCUAUCAAACGAUUCUGUGUUUGAAACUAUUUAUCUAUUGAGCUUUUUGUUGUAGUAUUCGAAUUAAUUAUCAGAAAAGUUAAUAUGGAGUUGUUCAAUAAUUUUUAAUAUAUUAAAGCACAAGUUGGAU